UGAUAGUUCGGUCUGCCAGUUAAUUUCCACACUGAGUUACAAAUAGAUCGAACACUCGAAAGCUGAGGGAAAUCGCUGAAAAUGGAUGCCGAUGAAAGCUUUUUGGAUCAACGUUCAUUAAUUAUGGAUGUUAUGAAGCAGCUGGAUGAUCUUCAGAAUGCCAAUAAAAUGGACACUGGCACCAAGGGCAAGGAGGAGAAAAAACCAGAGGUUGAUCCCUCAGAAGGUGUUACCGACACCAGUUUUGUGGUGUUCUUCCGGGAUGUUCGCAAGAAAUCUUCACGACAUUUUAAAAGGAUCCAAAAGAGCUCCAAUACCAACCAAAUAACCUGUAUGCGACAAAUAGAUACAUCUCCCAAGGACCGCGCUGACGCUCGACGAGAUCGCGAAGUUGUGGCAGAUAGUUUUCGGAGACUGGGCAAUGAGGAAUACCGCCGCACUAACUUUGAAAAGGCUAUCUAUUAUUAUUCAAAGGCCAUUCAGUAUGUGUCCGAUUCGCCAGUUCUUUAUUGUAACCGGGCCUUGGCCAAAAUAAAAAAAAGAGACUUCAAACUGGCCCUUUUCGAUCUGGACUAUGUAAUCUUUAAACUAGAUUCCCUGCAUUUGAAGGCCUGGCUUUAUAGAGCCGGAGCUCUUGCUCGUCUAAACAAUGAAGCCGAGUCCAACAUUGCCAUUGCCAAUGCACGUCUGUUCAACAGAGGGCAAAAGGAUCAAAAAUACAUAGACUAUUUCUUGGAAAAACUAAAAACAGAAUUCUAGAGCCGACCAUUAUAUUGUUCUUUAUUAUUGGAUUUUAUGAUGAAUGCAAAUUGGAAAUCACUUGUGCUGUAAUCCGUUUCGGAAGGCAAUAAAAGCAAAUCAAAAAUUAAUUUUGAUUUCAAGUUUCAAUCAAAUAA